AUGAGGAUCCACACAGGAGAGAAGCCCUUCAGUUGCUCUGUGUGCGAGAAGCAGUUCACUCAGAAAAGACAUCUGCAAGACCACCAGAAAGUACACACUGGAGAGAAACCGUACCCCUGCACCCACUGUGACAAGCGGUUCAGCUUCUCCUCUGCCUUGAAAAGACACCAGCAGUUACACACAGGAGAAAAACCCCACUGCUGCUUUGUGUGUGGGAAUAGUUUCUCUCAAGCAGGGCGCCUGAAAGAACACCUACAGACGCACUCGGGAGAGAGACCUUUCUCCUGCUCUGUCUGCGAGAAAACCUUCAGAAAAGCUUCUGAACUCACGAUACACAACAGAUCUCACACAGGAGAGAGACCGUACAGCUGUGCCGAAUGUGGUAAGACAUUCACCAGUUCUAUGAAGCUGGGACGACACAAGAAGAUCCAUCAGAACACAAAAACUGAAGAGGUUCUGACUAAAGAUGUGAAGAGAAGAGUAUUGAUGAUGAUGAAGUGGAGACUGCCUCCGCAGUUAGUGGAUGCUAGUAGGGUGAAGAGGAGGAGCCUCUACAGUUAG